AUGCCGCACCGCACACCAUUCAUCCUUUUCCUUCCCCUUGGCGUGUGCUCCCCCCCUUCCCCAACCCUUCCUUCCCUCUCAACUCUGAGCUCCAAGCAGGGGUGGUGGAGGGAGAGCGUGGCAUGGCGACCAGCUGGGUGGUGUAGCACACGUGUUGCGGGCGUGUAUGGUGCACACCCACCCACCAUUCAUCCUUUUCCUUCCUCUCCCUGUGCACACCCUUCCUCCCUUCCUCUCAAUGCCGGCCUGCCAACAGGGGUGGUGGAGGGAGAGUGUGGCAACCAGCUGGGUGGUGGAGGACACGUGUUGUGGGCGCGUAUGGCGCACACCCACCCACCAUUCAUCCUUUUCCUUCCUCUCCCUGUGCGCACCCUUCCUCCCUUCCUCUCAAUGCCGGCCUGCCAACAGGGGUGGUGGAGGGAGAGUGUGGCAACCAGCUGGGUGGUGGAGGACACGUGUUGUGGGCGCGUAUGGCGCACACCCACCCACCAUUCAUCCUUUUCCUUGCCCUCCCUGUGCACACCCUUCCUCCCUUCCUCCUUUCCUCUCUUCCUCCCUCCCUCUCAACACCACGCUGCCAACAGGGGUGGUGGAGGGAGAGUGUGGCAACGAGCUGGGUGGUGGAGUACACGUGUCGCAUCUCCUCCUGCCUGCCUCAUCACACCACAUGUGAUGCCACAACACACCUCCCACAUGCCGUCCCUCUUACACCCCUUGCCUCCUCCACGCGCCUCUUUGCCCCCUCUGAGCUCCUCUCUGCCUUCUGGUGCGUCCCACCCACACACCAUGUCAUGCCAUGUCAUGCAUCUCCCACGUGCAAGUCACCUGCUUGUUGCUACCCUGCACUAUGUGGCUGCUGCUGCUGGUCGCUAA